AUGGAAGGAAAAUUCAUCUUGACAGCUGCCGAAGGAUUUGACAUGUACAAAUUAAUUCGGUGUGACCGAUUUUCUCCGUUAGGUUUCAUGUUUUCUUCAUUCCUCAUUUCUGUUUGCAAUCAAGUCAUUAGAGACACAAUUUUUCAGCCGUUUCCGACGGCAACAGAAAUAGACAACUUUCUCGAAGGAUAUUUGCAAACUGGAAUCAUGGAGCAAUAUACACCCUAUCGGCUACCACCAACUUUUAAGUGUGAUUACGAUGUCAUUCCAGCACCUACGUUAAAAGUAAUGGAUUGGAUUGUAUCUUCAUGUGAAGUGGUCGAUCAUGUUCCUGCUGCCAAACUCUUUCUCUCCAAUCUAUUUGCAUUCACAGCCAUUUUCUUUAAGGCAUAUGGACGUAAAGAUUUAGCUACAUUCAUGUACGAUAGAAUUGUGAAAUGGAAUAAGAUUGAAAUCAAAUCUAUUGAAAUUCCAUUCAUUCAAGCAUUUAUAGAUCGAUCUUUAUAUUUUAGUGGACAAGGAGUUUUACCUGAAGCUAGAAUUCUUGACGUUUACAAAAGACAAGGAUUAGUUGAAGCAAUUAGCAUCAUUUUAGAAAAUACAAAGAGUAGAAUGGCACUUCGUCUCGUGCCACGCUUCACAACCUAUCAAGACAUAUCAAAAAUCUUUGCCAAGUACCUUCUAAAACGAAAGAAAGAUGGAAAGAAACCUCCCACGAAAAGUACUAUUCUCAAUAAGGUUGCUCCCUUACUUGCCACACAUCCAGAAGUUUCAUUAAGAGCUUCCUAUUCCAUGUUAUCCUUAAAUCACGCAAAAUUCAUUUCGUUUUUCACAUCGAUUUGGAACACAUUUUCAAAAGAAAAUUUAGUCAUUCAAGAAGAGAAACAAGUAUUCUUGGAAGGAGGAAAACUGAAUUUGGAUCUUAUUCAUGAAAGUGAGAAGAAAGAUUUUAUUGAUGCUGAAUUAGCAAAAGUGGAAGGUGGUGAAACCAUCUAUGAAAAGAUGGAGGCUUUGUUUCAGAGAGAUGCACAAUCUCAAUCGAAUAUUCAUGAUGUCAAUGCUAAUGCUGUGAAAAUCAAAUGUCGUGCCUGUGGAAAAGUGGAUGCCACUAAAAGAUGCUCUCGUUGUAAGAGUGUCUAUUAUUGUAGUGUGGAAUGUCAGAAAUUUGAUUGGAGUAAUCACAAACAGCAUUGUUGUGAAAACACUCCACAAACACCAAACCCUUCAAAACAACCACAAAACAAACAAACCAAGAAGAAGAAGUAA